GGUGCGGAAGGCUAUCAUCUAUGGGUGAUCAGUGGAUUUGGUUCUCAAAACACUGAAAUUGAGUCUGACCUCAGGAAUAUAGUUAAACAGCCCAGCAUUCUGCUGUUUCAGUUUAUCAAGAGUGUACUCACUGUAAACCCUUGUAUAAGUAACCAAGAGCAGGUGUUGCUUCAAGGGGAGGAUCGCUUAUAUUUGAACUGUGGAGAGGCUUCACAAACCCAGAAUACCAGGAGUUCUUCAACACACUCUGAGCAUAAGCCCGGUGGAGAAAAGAGCCCAUUUGCAGAUGGAGGGUUAGAGUCUCAGGGGUUAAGCACUUUACUUGGACAUCGGCAUUGGCACGUUGUGCAGAUUUCCAGCACCUAUCUAGAGAGCAAUUGGCCUAUACGGUUUUCAGCUAUUGAUAAGCUUGGACAGAACAUUGCUGUGGUUGGCAAGUUUGGUUUUGCACAUUAUUCAUUACUCACCAAAAAAUGGAAACUUUUCGGAAAUAUCACCCAGGAGCAAAAUAUGAUUGUGACAGGUGGCUUAGCCUGGUGGAAUGAUUUUAUAGUCCUUGCAUGUUAUAACAUAAAUGACCGUCAAGAAGAGCUCAGAGUAUACUUGCGAACAUCUAAUCUGGACAAUGCCUUUGCUCAUGUCACCAAAGCACAAGCAGAAACAUUACUGCUUAGUGUGUUCCGGGACAUGGUAAUAGUAUUUAGAGCAGACUGUUCAAUAUGCCUUUACAGUAUUGAAAAAAAAUCUGAUGGUCUGAAUACUACUGCCGGUAUUCAAGUUCUUCAGGAGGUCUCCAUGUCACGCUACAUUCCUCACCCUUUUCUGGUAGUAUCUGUCACUCUGACGUCAGUGAGUACAGAGAAUGGAAUUACCCUGAAAAUGCCACAGCAGGCUCGUGAUGCAGAGAGCAUUAUGUUAAACCUUGCUGGACAGCUCAUCAUGAUGCAGAGGGACAGGUCAGGCCCUCAGAUCCGGGAGAAGGACAGUAACCCUAACCAGAGGAAACUUCUGCCAUUCUGUCCUCCGGUUGUACUCGCCCAGUCUGUUGAAAAUGUCUGGACUACGUGUCGAGCAAAUAAACAAAAACGUCACCUUCUGGAGGCCCUCUGGCUGAGCUGUGGUGGUGCAGGGAUGAAAGUCUGGCUCCCUCUCUUCCCUAGGGAUCACCGCAAGCCCCAUUCCUUCUUGUCCCAGCGGAUCAUGCUGCCAUUCCACAUCAAUAUUUACCCCCUGGCUGUUCUGUUUGAAGAUGCAUUAGUCCUUGGUGCUGUCAAUGACACUUUACUCUAUGAUUCUUUGUAUACUCGGAACAAUGCUAGGGAACAGCUAGAGGUGCUCUUCCCUUUCUGUGUUGUGGAGAGAACUUCUCAGAUCUACCUCCACCACAUUCUACGUCAGCUUCUGGUCAGAAACCUCGGGGAGCAAGCCUUGCUCUUGGCCCAGUCCUGUGCCGCAUUACCUUACUUCCCUCAUGUGCUGGAGCUCAUGCUCCAUGAAGUGCUUGAAGAAGAAGCUACCUCACGGGAGCCCAUUCCCGACCCUCUCCUUCCCACUGUGGCAAAAUUUAUCACCGAGUUCCCCCUCUUCCUGCAGACAGUUGUCCAUUGUGCCAGGAAGACUGAAUAUGCCCUGUGGAAUUACCUUUUUGCAGCUGUUGGAAACCCCAAGGACUUGUUUGAGGAAUGUUUGAUGGCUCAGGAUUUGGACACAGCUGCCUCUUACCUUAUUAUCUUACAGAAUAUGGAAGUCCCAGCAGUAAGUAGGCAACAUGCCACCCUUCUGUUCAACACAGCACUAGAACAAGGCAAGUGGGACCUAUGUCGACACAUGAUUCGAUUUCUUAAAGCCAUUGGCUCUGGAGAAUCUGAGACACCUCCAUCCACACCCACGGCUCAGGAACCCAGUUCAAGUGGUGGAUUUGAGUUCUUCAGGAAUCGAAGCAUCAGUUUAUCCCAGUCAGCUGAAAAUGUUCUUCCUAGUAAAUUCAACUUACAGAAAACACUAAGUAUGCCGUCUGGUCCUUCUGGAAAAAGGUGGAGCAAAGACAGUGACUGUGCUGAGAACAUGUACAUUGACAUGAUGCUCUGGAGACAUGCUCGGCGCCUCUUAGAAGAUGUGCGGUUAAAAGACCUUGGCUGCUUUGCAGCCCAGCUGGGCUUUGAACUAAUUACUUGGCUAUGCAAGGAACGUACCCGAGCUGCCCGGGUAGACAACUUUGUAAUAGCCUUGAAGAGACUCCACAAAGAUUUCCUGUGGCCACUUCCCAUCAUCCCAUCCUCUUCUAUCAGUUCUCCUUUCAAAAAUGGAAAAUACAGAAUAGUGGGAGAGCAGCUAUUAAAGUCUCAGUCAGCAGACCCUUUUUUAAAUCUUGAGAUGGAUAUUGGCAUCUCCGACAUCCAGCGAAGUCAGAGCUGGCUCAGCAACAUUGGCCCCACCCAUCAUGAGAUAGACACACCUUCAUCCCAUGGACCACAAAUGCAAGAUGCCUUCCUGUCACCUUUAUCUAAUAAAGGUGAUGAAUGCAGUAUUGGUUCAGCCACAGACUUAACUGAAAGUAGCUCCAUGGUGGAUGGAGACUGGACAAUGGUGGAUGAAAAUUUCUCCACACUCAGUUUAACUCAGUCAGAGCUAGAGCACAUCUCCAUGGAGUUGGCGAGUAAAGGGCCUCAUAAAUCCCAGGUCCAGCUUCGGUAUUUGCUACACAUUUUCAUGGAGGCAGGAUGCCUGGACUGGUGCAUUGUUAUAGGCCUGAUUCUCAGAGAAUCUUCAAUAAUCAAUCAGAUUUUGGUUAUUAUACAAUCUUCAGAGAUAGAUGGAGAGAUGUUACAGAACAUAAAGACAGGGCUACAUGCGGUGGACCGAUGGGCCUCUACAGAUUGCCCUGGAUAUAAGCCAUUCUUAAACAUCAUUAAGCCACAACUGCAGAAGCUCAGUGAAGUAACAGAAGAGCAGGUCCAACCUGAUGCCUUCCAGCCAGUAACUAUGGAUUUAGGAUGGGAACAUCAAGAGUCGGCAGCAUCUGAGAUGCCUGAAAAUAGAAUAUUGGAAGAAACAAUACAUGUUGAUGACAUGGAAAAUGUUCAUGAUAUAAUGAAGAAAUUACAGAAAAUUAUGUACACCAUAUUGUAUUCACCAAACAAAAAGUGUAUUAGGAGACUAGGCAUCAUUUUUUAA